AUGAGAGUCACUAUUCAUGCCCUUCUAAGCGUCUUUGCAACUGUUGCAACAGUAACUGCGCUACCAUCACCCGAGAAGCGAGAGAUCCUCGCCUAUAGAGCCUGGGACUUCCGUCUGUACAGCGCUGGAACACCCACCUGCGAAGUCAACGACUCCAACAUUGAUAUAACAGUCCUUCAUCGCUACGGUGCCAGCAGCCGGGAUUGCCAGGCGCUUUUGGAUGAUAUUUCCAACGGGACCACAGUGAAGAGUCUCGCGUGGAAGAGUCCCUCUGAAGACGACGAGUAUGAUCUAUGUCUCUUCCGCACGGCGGAUUGCUCUGGUGGAUCUUCCUCGCUGAUUGCGUCUAUUACUGAUGGAUGGGAAGUGUGCUACCCAUACAGCGGAUGGCUUGGAUGGAAGGUUGUUUCGCACGGAGGCUCUUGCGUAUAG